ACGAACUCAUCUCAACAUGGAUGCUUCCCUCCAGGACUCUCACUGCCAUUUGUCCAGGAACAGCAGGUAUUGUGCGCCCCCUGGCGGUUACAGAGGGAGCGACGUUCACGCCGAUCGCGCAGUACCGCUGUUUUUAUACCCGACCCACGUCGAACAGCGAGUCUACGAUAGAUCGUACUGCGGCGGCGCGACGCUGCUCUCGUACCUGCCGCCGUUCCACGGGAGCUUCGGCGUUUACGAAUGUCCCUUCGAGCCCGCCUUCAUCCAGAAACGCAACGAGCGUGAAAGGCAGCGGGUGAAGUGCGUAAACCAGGGAUACGCCAAACUACGCGACCACCUGCCCAACGGGAGCACGGAAAAACGGCUGAGCAAAGUGGAGACGCUCCGCGCGGCCAUACGCUACAUCAAGUACCUGCAGGAUCUGGUGGAGAAUGCGGGCAGGGCGGAGCAGAACAGAGGAGCGUCGCCACUUUCCGUUUCCGAAUCGUCUUCUGAGGAGUCCGUCGGAAGUUAAUAUGCACAGAAGACAUGGCUUUCAACGACUUUUGCCCUGCGACACCAAAACAUACUGCUGGUUAUCAGAUAUUAGCAUGCGUUUCAUUAAUGCAAAACUACAAAUCGUAAUUCAAAAAGAGCAGCUCUCCGGAAAAGACGCAAAUAAUUUAUACUUAUUUUUAAUUAAUUAAUUUAAGUUUAUUUAAAGGGGUCAUAUAAGGCAAUUUCUAGUUUUCCUUUCUCUUUGGAGUGUUACAAGCGGUUCGUUUAUAGAUACAAUCCCUAAAAUUACAAAGACUCAAGAGUCAAACCCAAAGAGAUAUUCUUCGUAAAAGGCCGUUUAAACACGCCCCCAUGAAUCUACGUCACUGUGUGGGAAGAAUUGCAUAACACCUCCUGUAUGUUUGCGCAAAGAAUAAGAAACUUUUUUAUUCUCGCUGUAGUGUUGUUGUUGUGGAGAUGCUGCGUGUUUUCAAAUAUGGUCAUGUUUCGGAAUGAUGAGCUUUUUAAAAAUCGAUGCAUUUGAGAAAGACGCCUAGACAUUAAACAUAUUGCAUUACAUCAAAUACACAAGAUAAGGGUAUUUCUUUACACUGUUACGGUAUGACUCCUUUAUGAUUGGUCUUCAAUAAAGUAAAUGAGUUGAAUAUGGAACAAGAGAGGCAUUUUAGUUGGCUAGCGUGAUUUAGUGUGUUUUCAGGC